AUGAUACUUACAGAAGAUAUAUUACAAGCAUAUGAAAAAUCUACCUUAACAUUUUCAAAAUAUUUAUCUAGUUAUGUUACUGUUUUAAACAAAUAUAUCAGCGUUUUAGGUAAAGCAUCAACACUGAAAAAUGAACGUAGCACAUUGAUUAAAUACGUAAAAAAAUUAAGAUUUUUCAAUGAUUGCAUUGUUAGAUUCGAUAUUAGAGAAGAGUCUGCCAACAGAAAUAUACAACAUUUAAUUACAAUAAUUGGAUCUUUUUUUAUCAAAUAUUUAGAAAUUAUUGAUUUAUUAAAUUAUUUUUUCACCCAAUCAUUACAGAACGAAAUACUUACAAAAACGCUAAAUUCUAAAUUACUGUUACCACCUUCUGCUAUCAAAUCUAUUGAAGAUUCUCAUAAUCAUUUUGUUAAAUUUGCUCAAUGGAUAAUUGAAUCAAUUAACUUUGAUUCGAGUUUACUACAAUUAGAAGUCAUUCAGUUCAAUUUAAGAAUUGCUAUUGAAGAUAAGGUUGAUUUAGCUGAUACAGAUAAUAUUUUUUUACAAGAAGUCAUUGCAGUUGAAAGUGAAGAUGAAUAUGUAAAAUUAAUACUUCAAUGGACAGAUAUUCUAGGUGAAAAGGUAUCUACUUUAAAUGCUCAAUUUCAUGGCGCUUCUAAUCAAUGGCAGGAAUGUGUAGAACCGAAAAAGAAAUAG